AGCUUGUACUCCUUAAGUCCUAUAAGUCUUGGUGUAAUGUUUGUCACGCUACCUGCAGCAAACGGGCAAUGCUCCAAAAGUUGCUUCCGUGCGCGGAAGAAACCCUUUGUGGAGUGCCACGCUGCUGGUCCUCAAAACGCUAAUGAACGUGCGUUUGAGCGCUACCUCCGAAAUCGGGUAAAACAGCUAGGCACCAUCCUGCCGCCCAGCCCUGAUGCACCCGAACCCGACAUGGCGCUGCUCUGGGGCUUCCUGGGCAAGCAUCUGGCAGCCGGCAUCACCAAUGAGGCAGUCAUCAUACCAAAGAGUGAUGUUGCAGCUGCCGGCCCUGGAGGGAGCGGCCGAGGCAGAAGCAGCACUGCGGGGAAAGCUGCUCGGGAUGGCGUGGUCAUCGCGCGGCCUAAACUGCUGCCAGCUUCAGCCCGUACAGUGCCGCUACCAAUUCCCGGGUGGGCCCCAGCCCCAACCGGCCUAGCCCCUGCCCCUAGCGCCAACCGACAUUCCACCUCGGCCGGCUCCGGCUCCAACAGCACUUCACCGCUGGGUACCGUUCAUGUGUUCUGGGAUGUGGAGUCAGCGCAUCCGGGCGACAGCGACCCACGGGUCGUCGCAACGGAGGUGCUACGUAUAGCUCGCAGCUUGGGACGGCUGGCCGGCUGCUACGCUUAUGCUACGCGCCAGGCAUGGGCAUGGGUGCCUUCACACUUCGUGGCUACGUACGCACCAGGCGGCAGACCAGGCGACGCGAGCCGUGCAGACGAGGGCUGCGCGGGGGAAGGUGGGCCGGCGGGUGCUCAGGGCCGGUCUAGGUGCCCCGUGUGCGGGCAGCCGGUGGCGUCUGCGCAGCUGCAGCAGCACAUGCGGCGAGUGCACCCGGACAAGUCCUCAACCAGCCUGGCGGGAGGAGCAGUAACACCAGCGGCGGCGGCAUUGCCGGCGUCAGGGAGAGGUGCGAGCAGCAGUAAAGGUGGUGGUAGCGGCAAGGGUUCAAAGGCAGCAGCUCCGGUUAACACCCAACGGACAGGGCUGGGGGCGGUGCGUGAGUACUAUUCGAGCUCGGGUGAGGUGUAUAGGCCACCUGCAGGACAUCAGCUGAGCCUCAAGUAUGUGCUGCAGCGCGAGGGAUUUGAACCACGGGUCGUUCAGAACGCAGACGGCGCGUCCGAUCGUGCGGUCAAUGGCGGCAUUGACCGGCUGCUAGCGGCGCUGCGGGCUGGCAGGGCCAAGGUAGGGGAAGGGGACAAUGCUGCCGGGGCGGCGGCGGAGUGCACGUUGUUGAUCGUGUCGGGCUCCACGCGGCAUGCGGGGGCACUGAGCAGCUGUCGGCAGCUGGGGUUGCGG